UUGCAACGUCGUUGGAAGGCCAGAGGUAACACGUAUCAGCCCAGUACCCUCAAAAGAAAGAGAAGGUUUGGUUUCUUUGCCAGAAUGACCUCGCGAACUGGAAGAAAAAUCAUGCAACGAAGAAGGAGCAAAGGUAGAUGGUACUUGACUCACUGA